CAGAUAGCAUUUUCUGACCUUGCGACAUGAACCAGUGAAUGUUCAUUUACAUCCUCUGGCCUCAAAUCCAACACAGAAACUAUCAUACAGUCGGACAUGCAUAUAUUUAUUGUUAUCUGUCGAGGACACAAAUAUACAGUAUUGUUAGCUAAAACGGGUAACUAGCAUUGUAAGUGUCGCUAGCUUAGCUGCUAACGGCUAACAGCUAACUUAUUUUUGAGAACACCGGCUUACACACAUGGAUAAAACGUUGGGGGGACAGAAUGUGUUGGUUGGUGUCCUUAACUUUUAUUUACAGUCUAUGGUCCUUACCUGUCCCCGUCAGACCAUCUGAGAGUACCUCGUCCAGUGUUCCCUCCAUCUGCGCGCCCACUUGGCUGGCCUCCAUCAGUUCUUCUUCCUCUCAUCCAAUCACAGCAGCUUAUGCUAACUGACCGCGAAGAUGACCAGGAACAAGGAGUCGAAGCUACAGCUACGAGGACUGCAAGUCCACCGCCGAUUGGCUGCUUGCCCAGACAGAUGUUCGACCCACUGUUGGCAUCGUUUGCGGAUCAGGACUUGGAGGGCUCGCUGACAUGUUGAAGGACCAGGUCGCUUUCAACUACAAGGACAUCCCCAACUUUCCACAAAGCACCGUGCAUGGACAUGCUGGUAGACUGGUGUUCGGCACCCUGAAGGGACGGCCAUGCGUUUGCAUGCAAGGACGCUUCCACUUGUACGAGGGCUACCAGAUCCAGAAAAUUACCAUGCCGAUACGCAUCUUCAAGCUGCUGGGUGUGGAGACGGUCAUGAUUACCAACGCAGCAGGAGGCCUCAAUCAGGACUUUAAAGUUGGAGAUGUUAUGAUCCUGAAAGACCACCUGAACAUGCCGGGAUUCGCUGGCAACAAUCCCUUGACUGGGCCAAAUGAUGAAAGGUUUGGUGUGCGCUUCCCCUGCAUGUCUGACGCCUACGACAGAGAGCUGCAACAGCUAGCAUGGGACGUGGGACAGGAGCUUGGCUACGGAGACUUCCUGAAGGAGGGCGUGUACUGCGUGCUGGGUGGACCCUCAUUCGAGACCAUUGCUGAGAGCCGUAUGCUGCACAAACUGGGCGCUGAUGCUGUUGGAAUGAGCACAGCCCACGAGGUGAUUGUUGCUCGUCACUGUGGCAUGCGCGUCUUCGCCCUCUCGUUGAUCACCAACCAGGCGGUGAUGGACUACGACAGCCAAGAGAAGGCCAAUCACGAGGAGGUCCUCCACGCGGGCAAGCAGAGAGCCGAGCAGCUGGAGCGGCUCGUUUCCACCAUGGUGACCAGGAUUGAGCACAACAACAACUUGGUCUAAGUGACCAGGAUUGAGCACAACAACAACUUGGUCUAAGAGAUGUAACUGGUUUUUCAGGAGCAGAUAUGCUGGUUUAAGCUAGAUUUUAGCCAUAUAGUAUGAAAGCAGGAGACUUAAAAGUGGCUUGGGUUCAUUUUUAAUGCUAGUGUGCUAAAGAAAACCCUACUGAGUUUAGUAUUAAGGUGAGCAGUGGACCGUUUUUGGUGUAUUAUAACACAGAAUGUACAAAACCUUUGUAUUCCUGUCACCUGCCUAAUGUGAUGUUUUACAUUCCCGUCCUGAGUGGCUCCAGAACAAAAGUUGCUUCUCAGUUUGUUUGUUAUUUUUCUUUUUGUAUCAUUUCAAACAAGACGUAUUUGUUUUAACUUAAGAUAUAUGAUCAGUUGUGUAAAUGUCUGCAAUUUAACUUAACAAUGAGCAAAAAUCUGCUGUAAGGAUCUUAAUAUUGUUAUAUUGAAAAGUGUACAUUAAGGUGCUGUACUGUGCUUGUUUUUUUAAUAUGAAUGUUGUUACUAAAGAUGCUAUUUAUUAUUA